AUGGCACCGGACACGCCCGCGCCCGCUCUCUCGCUGAUUGUUACUCUUCGGUACAAGCCGCCUUGUUCAAAAUGCAGCGACAUGUUGGCACGUUGGUGCGCUCCUGCAACCUCCCCCGACGAACCGACUGGAGAUGCCCCAAUCUGGACCUGGGACAUGUCCGCAUUGCGAGCGUCGGCCAUGGGGUGCCGCUGCUGUCGCUUCUUAGUCGAUACUGCACACGCGAUACCUGGCGUACAGUGCAGCGAUGGCGAUCAGGUUCGAAUCGAGCCUGAACUUAUUGGCUCCAAACACAGCACCCCCUAUGAGCGCGCCUACCAAGAGUGGUCGAACAGUAAAUACUACUACAGCAAAGAGGAAGACAUGGUCUCCCAGUACAUGCGAUAUUAUAGGCCAAUCCUGUCGCUAUACCAGCCACUGGACAACACCGACCAGGGUGUCCAUGUCAAAGAAAUGUCCAACGCGCAAGCCUAUGGUUUGAGAGCAUUUAAUUUCAUUCUGCCGGCUGCACGCAAAGGCUCAAGAGCAAUAGAAGUGACCCAAGACACUGAGGCUUUCGUAGGUCGAGCGGUAGGAGGUACAGUUGAUUUCAACUUAGUUCGAGAAUGGCUCGGCGCAUGCACUUCUACGCAUGAGAAGCAACCGUGCGGCGAGGCAAGCAGCUCUUCCAGUCCUCAGGACGACUGCACGAGCAACUAUCUCGACAAACAUGAAGAACGGGUCACAGAUCCUGACGGUUGUCGACCAAAGAUGAUGUGCGUUUUGCACAACUUCCGCCUUGUCGAUGUAGAAAAGAAAUGCGUUGUUCGUAUCCAUCAGCCGACCGAGUAUGCCGCUUUGAGCUAUGUGUGGGGUAGUGCCAAACGCUUGCUACUGACAGACAGCAAUCAGGAACGUCUGUCAACACCAGGCGCUCUCUCCGUGGAUAACGAGGACGUCCCGCAGACUUUCCAGGAUGCUUUUGUUAUUGCUGAGAAUUUGUCAAUUAGAUACCUAUGGAUCGACGCCUUGUGCAUAUGUCAAAACGAUGCUGAUGAGCUCAAAACACAUAUGGACGCCAUGGAAACAGUGUACAGCUCAGCCAAAUUGACCAUUGUAAGUGACACCGACAGCGCGGAUACGGGCAUCUUCGGUGUCAGUCUACCCAGGAAGCACCCUCAAGCCACGUUCACCUGGGCAGGCACAACGUAUAUUAGUGCACGCCAGACUUUUGGCGAAGCACUCAAAAGCUCGCCUUGGGAAAGUCGCGCUUGGUGUUUACAGGAAAAGGUCUUCUCAAAGCGGCUUCUGGUUUUCACUCAGUCGCAAGUUUUUUACCAUUGUGCAGCCUCGACCUGGUUCGAGGACACUGUCAUGGAGCCAAAGGCAAAUAUAUCAGGAUCCAUUCAUAUGAGAGAGCGAAGGCAUCCUCAAAAGAAGGGUCUCAACAGCGCAGGUGUAAGACUCAAUUAUACAGCGUAUGAGUCGCAUCGGGAGCAUUUUGGUCGCAACUUCUGGUCACUCGUCAGGGCAUACAGUAGAAGGCAAUUGUCUUUCGAAAGCGACGUUAUUCGUGCAUUCACCGGUAUCUUGAGCUCUAUUGAACCCGACUUUGGCUACAGCGUAUGGGGCAUUCCUUCCAAGGAGUUUGUGCGGGGUCUAACUUGGGAACACUCUUUUCAUAGAAUGGAUUUGAGACGACAGGGAUUUCCAAGCUGGAGCUGGACCGGGUGGAGAAGCAAUGCUGGAGUUGAGCUACAUUUCAAAAACUGUAAAAGGACGGACGCUGAUCUACGUGUUUCUCGGGGUCGCUAUCGUGUUGACCUGAAUACUACUGCGCUCGUCGGCCCCUCUGUGUGGACUCUCGACUGGUACCAUUGUCCAAACGACUCGACGAAUCUAUUUCGGUUGAUAGACGAGCCAGUCAGCGAAGCGGUGCCUGUGCAGGAGAAGCCCUUACCCGCAAAGAGCGAGACUUCUCAUCCUGAAUCAUCCGACGAACAAGUUGUUGCGACUGUGAGACCCGAAUACAUACUUGAUGCCCAUUGCUGGCGCCUUGCUGGCCAUCCGCGCGCGAAGGACGAAUCCGAUGAGUUCCGGGCUCAAGCAUUGGGUACCUGGCCGCAGCACAUGCCUCUCAGUCAGCUCACGCCAGACGACAAGUUCCACUCCAAAUCACAAAAACUUGAAUUGUCGCCCUUGAACCACAAGCCCGGUGUCAUGCCACCACUCUCACACAUCAUCCGCUUCUACACCAGCAUUGCCACAGUUUUCAUCCCCGCUGACCCAGAUCCGGAUCUGAGUCGCGCAUGGGAUAAUUCUUCCGCUUCCUUUGAUGAGACCAGGCCUCUACACAAAGUCUGCAUACCAGACAGCGACGAACACAUUGCAGUAAUCGAUCUCGAUCCAGCAUGGCAAGGACUUGGACGAUCGCACACCGCCGUCUAUAUAUCGCGGUGGUGUAAGAGCUAUGCGGGCGAGGAGUCAGCACCUACAACUAGGUAUAGUAACUCGAAUGAAAAACUACACAUUCUUUUGCUCGAGGAUAUGGAAGGAUGGGGCGAGGUUAAGAGGAGAGUGCAGAUGUUGGAUAUUGUGGAUUUGGCAGAUUGGAGGAAGGCGAAACCGAGGUGGGAGUUGGUGAGCUUGGCUUGA